AUGAAUCUUGCUGGAUAUUUGAUCAUGCUCACUAAUCUUCAGAAUUAUCAUGAUACAUAUGAGAAUAUAAACAACGUAUCAAUCCGUGUUGCGGAAGUUGGAAAAUUAGCUGAUGAAAUUUUAAGCAACCCCUCGAUUUGGGAAAAGUUCAGCCAAAAUGGAUAUUAUCGAGAUGGCAAUAUUGGCAAGUACACAACGAGAAAUAUUCUAGAAUAUAUUUACUAUGGUGAAGGAAAUCCAAAGGAGUCAGGUAUUAUGUUAACUUUGCAUUUUAGCGAAAACUCUCCUUUGAUCGAUAGUGGACCGCUUGGUAUAUUUGCACAUGAGAAAGAUCUUCACCCAGACAUCGUGGCAGCGGUCGAAGAUUAUUUUAACGCUGGUAAAGUAGGCCGC